CACACACACACACACACACACACACACACACACACACACACACACACACACACACACACACACACACACACCCACACCCACACCCACACAGUGUUAUACCACCCCUAUACAGUGUAUACCACCCCUCCAUAUAUAUAUAGGGGUGGUAUACCUACCCCUACCACCCUAUAGCUGUCAUCAAGGCAAAGGGUGGCUAGUUUUAAGAAUCUCAAAUAUAUAAAAUAUAUUUUGUUUAAUUUAUCUCUUAAACUUCUUCAGGAUUGGUGGGUCCCCUGCGGGACGGUUGAGCUAACGUAGGCUAAUGCGAUUAGCAUGAGGUUGUAAGUAACAAGAACAGGACACAGACAUAGACAUAUCUGGACAGGACACAGACAUAUCUGAUAUUGUCAGAAAGCUUAAAUUCUUGUUAAUCUAACUGCAUUUGCAUAGGAGCAGAGUGGCAAGAGGACUUUUCAUAUAUAUACACACACACACACACACACACACACACACACACACACACACAGAGUACCAGUGUAAAGUUUGGACACCUACUCAUUCAAGGGAUUUUCUUUAUUUUUACUAUUGUAGAAUAAUAGUGAAAGACAUCAAAACUAUGAAAUAACACAUAUGGAAUCAUGUAGUAACCAAUUUUUUUUUAAACAAAUCAAAAUAUUUUUAUAUUCGAGAUUCUUCAAAGUAGCCACCCUUUGCCUUGAUGACAGCUUUGCACACUUGGCAUUCUCUCAACCAGCUUCACCUGGAAUGCUUUUCCAACAGUCUUGAAGGAGUUCCCACAUAUGCUGAGCACUUGUUAGCUGUGUUUCCUUCACUCUGCAGUCAAACUCAUCCCAAACCAUCUCAAUUGGGUUGAGGCCAGGUGCUUGUGGAGGCCUCAACCCAAUUGUAUACCACCCCUACCUUGUCACAACACAACUGAUUGGCUCAAACACUUGAAGAAGGAAGGAAAUUCCACAAAUUAACUUUUGACAAGACACACCUGAUAAUUGAAAUGCAUUCCAGGUGACUACCUCAUGAAGCUGGUUGAGAGAAUGUCAAGCGUGUGCAAAGCUGUCAUCAAGGCAAAGGGUGGCUAGUUUUAAGAAUCUCAAAUAUAUAAAAUAUAUUUUGUUUAAUUUAUCUCUUAAACUUCUUCAGGAUUGGUGGGUCCCCUGCGGGACGGUUGAGCUAACGUAGGCUAAUGCGAUUAGCAUGAGGUUGUAAGUAACAAGAACAGGACACAGACAUAUCUGAUAUUGUCAGAAAGCUUAAAUUCUUGUUAAUCUAACUGCACUGUCCAAUUUGCAGUAGCUCUUACAGUGAAAUAAUACCAUGCUAUUGUUUGAGGAGAGUGCACAGUUUUGAACAUGAAAAGUUAUUAAUAAACAAAUUAGACACAUUUGGGCAGUCUUGAUACAACAUUUUGAACAGAAAUACAAUGGUUCAUUGGAGCAGUCUAAAACUUGGUGCACACACUGCUGCCAUCUAGUGGCCAAAAUAUAAAUUGCACCUGGGCUGGAAUAAUCAAUUAUGGCCUUUCUCCUGCAUUUCAAAGAUGGUACGAAAAAAAUACAUCAAAACGGUUGUUUUUUUCUUUGUAUUAUCUUUUAUCAGAUGUAAUGUGUUAUAUUCUCUUACAUUCCUUUCACAUUUCCACAAACUUCAAAGUGUUUCCUUUCAAAUGGUACUAAGAAUAUGCAUAUCCUUUCUUCAGGGCCUGAGCUACAGGCAGUUAGAUUUGGGUAUGUCAUUUUAGGCUAAAAUUGAAAAAAAGAGGCCAAUCCUUUAACACUUUUUUGGUUACUACAUGAUUCCAUGUGGGUUAUUUCAUAGUUUUGAUGUUUUCACUAUUAUUCUACAAUGUAGAAAAUAGUAAAAAAUUAAGAAAAACCAGUAGGUGAGUAGGGUAGGUGUGUCCAAACUCUUGACUGGUACUGUACAUACACACAGAUAUAUGCACGCAUAAACACACACAUAGAGAGAGAGAUGCAGUGCCCAGUCCUGAGCAACACCCAGGGCUGCCAGCCAUCUGGGCCACACAACCUCUCUGGCUUAUUAAAAUAAUUUGGGAGAAGGGUGCUAUUCCUCACUGGCUGCCCCCAGGUGGUUAGUGUAGGCAACAACAUAUCCACCACGCUGACCCUCAACACAGGGACCGCUCAGGGGUGCGUGCUUAGUCUCCUCCUGUACUCCCUGUUCACCCAUGACUCCAACACCAUCAUUAAGUUUGCCGACAACACAAUGGUGGUAGGCCUGAUCAGCGACGACGAUGAGACUAUUGGGAGGUGGUCAGUGUGUUGCCAGGACAACAACCUCUCCCUCAAUGUGAGCAAGACAAAGGAGCGGAUCGUGGACUACAGGAAACGGAGGGCCAAGCACGCCUCCAUUCACAUCGACAGGGCUGUAGUGGAGCGGGUAGAGAGAUUCAAGCUCCUCAGUGUCCACAUCACUCAGGAAUGAACAUGGUCCACACACACCAACACAGUGGUGAAGAAGGCAUGACAACGCCUCUUCCCCCUCAGGGGGCUGAAACAUUUGGCAUGGGCCCUCAAAAAGCUCUACAGCUGCACCAUCGAGAACAUCUUGGCUGGCUGCAUCACUGCCUGGUAUGGCAAAUGCUUCGAAUUUGACCGCAAGGUGCUACUGAGGGUACUGCGAACAGCUUAGUACCCAGUAACACUUUUUUGACUAAUCACAUACGUUGCAGCUGGUGUUCAUUAUCUGUCACUUUAUUCCUAGUUAUAUGCACAUGGAUUCGGUACUGGUACCUCUGUAUAUAGCCAAAUUAUCGUUACUCAUUGUGUAUUUAUUAUUGCUUUUAUUAUUAUGUGUUUUACUUUUCUAUUAUUUCUCUAUUUUCUUUCUCUCUGCAUUGUUGGGAAUGGCUCGUAAGUAAGCGUUUCACUGUUAAUCUACACCUAUUUUUUACAAAGCAUGUGAUGAAUAACAUUUUAUUUGAUUUUAAUUAAGCCUAACCCUCUUGGAUAGCAUUCAGGCAAAUAUGGCUUACGUGGGGAGGUUACUUAUUACAUGCGCAGUACGCAAGUUCAGUAGUGUUCUCUGAGUGAGGAGACUGCAGCAGGUCUGUAGCGCAUCGUAUGACCCUGAUUGCCUGCAUUGCAGUCUGUGUCUGCACUGGCUUGCCCCCUUGUGGCUAUUUUAAAACAUUGCACUACAUUGCAACAACUGCAUGAGAACUAAGCAGAUCUGUAAGAGCACAACAGUAACAGAUUGAAGCGCUAUAUGAUGGAUUAUUAUCCACUGUAAUGAUAUUAGAAUGUCUUCUAUUGGAUUCCAUUUUUGAUUUGAUUUAUUAGCAUCCCCAUCAGCCAACGCCAAUGACUACAGUCUUAGUUGGGUCCUACACAUAACGACAAAUAUAUUACAGACAAAAGACACAUUUUGCAUUAAAGGAUGAUGAUUUUAUGAUUUGGAUAGUGGCAACAUAACUCAAUGUAAUUACUAUAUAUACUAUAGUAUAUAGUCGUGGAAGAGCACUGCAAGUUACUUUUAUGACCAGUAUAGAAUGAUGAGAAUGAACCUGUUAUGGUCGGUAUAGAAUGAACAUGUUAUGUUCGGUAUAGAAUGAUGAGAAUGAACCUGUUAUGGUCGGUAUAGAAUGAAGAGAAUGAACUUGUUAUGGUCGGUAUAGAAUGAAGAAAAUUAACCUGUUAUGGUCGGUAUAGAAUGAUGAGAAUGAACCUGUUAUGGUCGGUAUAGAAUGAAGAGAAUGAACUUGUUAUGGUCGGUAUAGAAUGAAGAAAAUGAACCUGUUAUGGUCGGUAUAGAAUGAAGAGAAUGAACUUGUUAUGGUCGGUAUAGAAUGAAGAAAAUUAACCUGUUAUGGUCGGUAUAGAAUGAUGAGAAUGAACCUGUUAUGGUCGGUAUAGAAUGAACCUGUUAUGGUCGGUAUAGAAUGAAGAGAAUGAACCUGUUAUGGUCGGUAUAGAAUGAACAUGUUAUGUUCGGUAUAGAAUGAAGAGAAUGAACCUGUUAUGGUCGGUAUAGAAUGAAGAGAAUUAACUUGUUAUGGUCGGUAUAGAAUGAUGAGAAUGAACCUGUUAUGGUCGGUAUAGAAUGAAGAGAAUUAACUUGUUAUGGUCGGUAUAGAAUGAAGAAAAUGAACCUGUUAUGGUCGGUAUAGAAUGAACCUGUUAUGUUCGGUAUAGAAUGAAGAGAAUGCACCUAUUAUGGUCGGUAUAGAAUUAACCUGUUAUGGUCGGUAUAGAAUGAAGAGAAUGAACUUGUUAUGGUCGGUAUAGAAUGAAGAAAAUGAACCUGUUAUGGUCGGUAUAGAAUGAAGAGAAUGAACCUGUUAUGGUCGGUAUAGAAUGAAGAGAAUGAACCUGUUAUGGUCGGUAUAGAAUGAACCUGUUAUGGUCGGUAUAGAAUGAUGAGAAUGAACCUGUUAUGGUCGGUAUAGAAUGAUGAGAAUGAACCUGUUAUGGUCGGUAUAGAAUGAACCUGUUAUGGUCGGUAUAGAAUGAAGAGAAUGAACCUGUUAUGGUCGGUAUAGAAUGAACCUGUUAUGGUCGGUAUAGAAUGAUGAGAAUGAACCUGUUAUGGUCGGUAUAGAAUGAUGAGAAUGAACCUGUUAUGGUCGGUAUAGAAUGAAGAGAAUGAACCUGUUAUGGUCGGUAUAGAAUGAUGAGAAUGAACCUGUUAUGGUCGGUAUAGAAUGAAGAGAAUGAACCUGUUAUGGUCGGUAUAGAAUGAACCUGUUAUGGCCGGUAUAGAAUGAAGAGAAUGAACCUGUUAUGGCCGGUAUAGAAUGAAGAGAAUGAACCUGUUAUGGCCGGUAUAGAAUGAAGAGAAUGAACCUGUUAUGGCCGGUAUAGAAUGAAGAUAAUGAACCUGUUAUGGCCGGUAUAGAAUGAACCUGUUAUGGCCGGUAUAGAAUGAAGAGAAUGAACCUGUUAUGGCCGGUAUAGAAUGAAGAGAAUGAACCUGUUAUGGCCGGUAUAGAAUGAACCUGUUAUGGCCGGUAUAGAAUGAACCUUUUAUGGCCGGUAUAGAAUGAAGAGAAUGAACCUGUUAUGGCCGGUAUAGAAUGAAGAGAAUGAACCUUUUAUGGCCGGUAUAGAAUGAAGAGAAUGAACCUUUUAUGGCCGGUAUAGAAUGAAGAGAAUGAACCUUUUAUGGCCGGUAUAGAAUGAAAAGAAUGAACCUUUUAUGGCCGGUAUAGAAUGAAGAGAAUGAACCUUUUAUGGCCGGUAUAGAAUGAAGAGAAUGAACCUUUUAUAGCCGGUAUAGAAUGAAGAGAAUGAACCUGUUAUGGUCGGUAUAGAAUGAAGAGAAGGAACCUUUUAUGGCCGGUAUAGAAUGAAGAGAAGGAACCUUUUAUGGCCGGUAUAGAAUGAAGAGAAAGAACCUGAGUCAGAUGUGGAUCAGAGGUGUCUUCCUUGAUCAAUGACCUUGUGCACUAUUCUUUUGAUGCCACUGCGUUGAUGUUUUCUCCCCCCCUUGCUAGCAGGUCCCCUGUGUGUGAUGCCCUCUUGCUAGCAGGUCCCCUCUCAGUGUGUGAUGCAUCAUGGCUCCGGUGCUCAGUGCCUUGUUAGGGCCAGGGGUCGCGGGGUCAGGGGUCGUCAUGGCGACAUCGUUAGGCAGCGAGCCGCUGGUCCUAGUGGUCACCCUGAUGGCCAUCUCUGCCAUCGUGCUGCUCUCACUGCUACUGCAGCUGUGUGCCAGCUGCCAGGGGCAAAAUAAAUCCAAUGGGCGCCCAGGAGACCAUGAGAACCUCAUGAAUGGAGUGUCUGAGAGAGAGACAUUUACCGGAAGUCAAUCUGUGGACAGCCCAGGGACUGACCUAGUGGUGAGCAGUUCACACAACGGCCCACUAACCAGUGGUACAGUGUUGACAGACACCCAGGACAGCAGUCCCCAGCCCUCUGAGGAGAUGCUGUCCAGCCAGUCAGAGCUGCGGAGCUCCAAGUGUCCCCAGGACCGCGAGCUGCCCAGCAUCCCACCCAACAGCGCCCUGGAGGGGAUGGGAUCCUCCAGCGAACCCCCUCUACCUGUCUCUGGAGACGGCACCUAUGAGGUGGUGAAGGAGAGAGGCGGCAUCUUAACGGCGUCCCGUGACGUGAGCGUUGAAGACUCCCUCUACGAGACGGUCAAAGAGCUGAAGGACCAUCCAGGGAGCCUGGCUGUAGGUAUACCCAACGGACACGGUACUACGUCCCCCUUCAGCCCCGAUGACGACCCUCACCACCUCCACAACCACCUACCCCCUUCCCACCACCGUCCAGCCCUCCACAAUGGCCACCUCAGCCCCUGCAGCACCCCGGAGCGGGGGCCCCUGUGCGCGGGAGUGGAGUACGCCUCGGUGGAUCUGAACAAGAAGAGCCGUUACAGUGCAGACCUGGAGGCCAGGCGCUCAGCCACCAUCGCUGCUGCUGUGGGCCCCACAGAGGAGCCCGAGGAGGAGGACAGACCCCCGCCUGUACCUGACAAGGUGCUGGAUGAGAACGACAACCAGCCGACCAUGAUGGACGCAGGAGGGGUGGUGGUAGUGGGGGCAGCACUUCACAACGGAGAGUUGCUCUCUCCCUCACCGGGGCUUCACAACCAUGUGCUGUCGGAGAACGAGCUGUCAGACAUGUACUCCACAGUGAUGAAGACACACCUAGACGUGGAGGAAAAGGAGAGUGACUACAGCAGCAUUGCUGAGAUCAAAGGUCUGGUCCCUGAGUCGUCCUCCAGUGAUCUCUACGCUACUGUCAGGGACAUCUACCCCCAGCUUGGAGAGGGGGAGUCGGACCCUCAGGGACCCCCUGGGGACCUCCAGGAGUCCCCUGCAGAGAGCAUCGACCCGGGCUAUGAGAACGUCUGCCUCACUAAGUCUGGUAGUGGAGAGGACUUGGGGCUGAGGAACCAGGUUCAGGAGCCAGACUAUGAGAGUGUAGGUGAGCUGGGCCUGGGGUUGAACAGGGAGAGUUCCCGUCUCUAACUGGGGAGUAAAGCUCCAGUGUGGGGCCUAAACCUGAGCCCCACCCUCAACCCCAGCCAUUAGCCUAACUAAUAGCCCCACCCUCAACCCCAGCCAUUAGCCUAACUAAUAGCCUCACCCACAAACCCAGCCAUUAGCCUAACUAAUAGCCUCACCCUCAACCCCAGCCAUUAGCCUAACUAAUAGCCUCACCCUCAAACCCAGCCAUUAGCCUAACUAAUAGCCUCACCCUCAACCCCAGCCAUUAGCCUAACUAAUAGCCUCACCCUCAACCCCAGCCAUUAGCCUAACUAAUAGCCUCACCCUCAAACCCAGCCAUUAGCCUAACUAAUAGCCUCACCCUCAACCCCAGCCAUUAGCCUAACUAAUAGCCUCACCCUCAACCCCAGACAUUAGCCUAACUCCUAGCUUUACCCUCAACCGCAGCCAUUAGCCUAACUCCUGGCCUCACACUCAACGCUAACCAUUAGCCUAACUCCUAGCCUCAACUUUACCCAGCAGCCCUGAUGACAGGAACACCUCAGGGCUCUGAACUUCAACCUUCAAACCUACUGCCCAUCACCAAUUCAGGGUUUCCGCCCACUACCCCCUCAGUGCAGUUUGGGUGUGCCCACAGCCCAGGGAUAUCUGAUUGAAUAUCUAUAAUCUUAACUCUCUAUCAAUUCAUGGUGCCCUUAAAUUACAAUGUACGUACUCGGGGUGCUAUUAUAUCAGUAUCUGAACUAUGAAAUCAUCGUCCGUUUUGAAGUUAUUGGCGUCCGUCCACUUUGAUGUCGCUUCUCACUCUUUAUCAUGGUGCACAUCACUGAAGAUUGAAGGUUAGCUACAUUAUCAUGCGACUGCUAUCAAUGUGGGAAGGAAGUACAAUAUUUCUACAUUAUCCAUCACCAUCAUAAUUACUUCCUCAGACUAUAAAAUAGUACAUUUCUCAACAUUUAUAACCAGUCAUUACGAAUUCAGUUUAUUUUAUAAGGCUGGUGACAAGCUGACUGGCCAGUGACACUUUGUCAGUGCCUUGUGAUUGAAAACCAAUGAGUCUUUGUGCCAUAAUGGCGUUCUAUAAGGCACUUAUAAAGGUAUGAGGAGAAUGUUUCCCCACAAUGUAAUGUCACUUUUGAUAUCAUCUGUUCUCCCUUCCUAGUGCAACAUUUCAUUCAGAACAUCAUGAUAAAUCAGAGAUAUGAUAGAUAUGUGUACUUGCAUACUAUUGUGAAAUAAGUAGCCUCAAGUCAGGCAGUGUAGACGGCUGAACUCUAAAUGGAACGGCUUGUUAUAGUUUCUAAAACAUUUUUUAUUUGAUUUACAUGUCAGCCUUUUAUUUUUCUUCAUCAAAUUCCUAUUUAUUUGAAGAUGGUGGAUCAUUGUGUGAUUAAGGGAUAUCAGGAAGUGUGUUUGUUUAUGAGGGAAACUUGAAAAGGUUUUGUACAUAGGAUAAACAAAUGAAUAAGUGGGUUACCAUGGUAAUAAAGUAGUAAAGGUACUCAUGAAUAAUCCAGACUUUUUAAAAAGGACUUAUUCAUUCAAACAAAAGACGAACAAUGGUGAGACCAUAUCUAUCAAUGUUGUUGUGAUUUCUUGUGUGAAUUGUUCAACUCAGUUGUUGUUUUCUCUAUUUCUUCACAUGAUUCAAAAUGUAUUUCAAAUACUUAUAUUCGCUCAAUGUGACAAUAUGCAACAGCAAAACGGUGUGUUAAUGCAGCUGUAUUGAUCAAGGUGUAUAAUAUGUGUUUGUAUGGCGUGUUUAUGCUUACCCUGUAGGUACGCAUACUAUUGAUACGGUGGAAAAGGAUUUUAAAGCACAAAGUGUCAAAAAACAUUAUGCUACUGCUUCUGUGCAGAGCUUAUAGCAACAACUACAUCAUACAUACAUAUAACCCAUCAUGUGCACAAUUAUAAUAUCAAAUGCUUCUAACUUAACUAUUUGAACAAGCACUAUUAAGGUAACAUGUGCUGAUGACAUGCUAACCGAGGGUUGUAUAAAGUUAGAGUACUAUUUCAUUAAGUCAGCUAAUGUAUGAAUUUGCAAAUGGUAAAGUAUAUUUUGUAGUAUGUAUGCAUGUGAUUUGGACUGCUUAAAAGUGGCUAUAAAAGCACAUACAGUAAAACCAUGAUGUCAUUUUAAGGGAAUACAUUUAGGCUAGCUGUAAGUAUGCCCCUUACUCAGAGUGACCUAACUAUUGUUGAAAAUAUACAGUGGUUGAUUGAAUGGUGGCGUAUGACAGUUUGGGGUUUCUGUAUUCUGUUUAAAUAGGACACCAUCUCAUUGGUUAUUUUGUUCUGUUUUAUUCAAGUAUGGUACAUUGUGUUGGUACAGGCAUUUUAAAACAGAAAAGUCAAAGUUGGUACUUUUUAAUUUUUUUAAAGAAAAGUGAAUGAAUAUUGUUGUUUGGUGUUUAUUUUCAAACGAACUGAGUAAGUUGUGACUAAGUAACUAGCUAUUGCAAUGAUGAUAUCUGCAUUUGACAGUUAAACAAUAAUAUUGUCUUACUUUUCCUCCCAUUUCUCUGUUAUCUCAAUAUUGCACAUUAUUGGUGUAUGCAGAGUGAGUGAGUGGAUUUCAUUACACAUGCAUGAGCUUGAAUGAGCUUGUUGACGACAAACCAAGCGCCCAGGUUGACUGAUAUUAUAUUCACAAAUGAAAUCCAAUAAGAAGAGAAAGGACAGUUCCCACUAAAUUAGCAACAAUUGAUAGACAUGCAUUAAAGAUGAUAUACAUUUCAGAUGUCCUUUAAAGCAAGGGCCCUGCAUAUGAGGUUUUACACACAUUUUAUAGAGUGUAAUUGUCAUUUCAUUAAUGUUAAAUCGCAAAAAUAUGACCUUUUAACGACCAUUGUUCUCCCCAACAGAUUCCAGAUUAGUUCAUGUAGCAGGAAAUGCUUUCAUUUAAACCUAAUAAUGUCUAUGCAGAUGCCAUAAAAGGCUUUUAACAAACGGUUUGUCAAAGAGGAACAUUAGUGCCAAAUCUCACAACCAAAGGUACCACACACAGACGAGCGUACGCAUACACACUCAUAUAGGAGGGAGUGGGUUGUGGGGGGGGGGGGUAUGGAGAGAAAGUCCAUCAUAGCACCCUCUCAUUCAGCCCACUGUAAUAAUGAGACAAUACAUUCUCAACAAGCAGCAGAGAAUUCCUUACCAUUGUCUUUCAUUAUGGACGCUGUGUCCCAAAUGGCCGCCUAUUGUCUCCGUAGGUCACUACUUUUGGAAAGGGCCUAUAGGACAUUGGUCAAAUGUAUUUCACUAAUAAAUACUAUAGGUAUAGGGAAAAGGGUGCAAUUUGGGAUGCAACCAGAGCAAGGCUUUCUUUGACAGUUAUGUGCACAUCUGUCAUAAGAUUCUAUCUGGUUUCCUGUGUAUGCAUGAAAAUAUUUUAUGACCAUAAUUCAAAAAUAUUAAAAGAUGUAUAACGAGUAA